CGGGCGCUGUCCUCGAGCUGGCCAGCCAGCGGCCAUUACAUCUCUGUGUGUUUAAACGUAGUUCGUAGAUCGCUUCAGAGAGCCGAGAGAGAGCUGAGAAUUUCCCGACGAAGAAGUGUGACGUUCACCGUCAGAGACUUAGCCGAGUCCUCUGUGUCUUCGCCUCUGUUUUUUUUUUUUUUUUUUUUUCUUUUUCUCGUCUUUUAUCACUGUAAGAAGCCAGUUUUUAUUUAGAUGGCAAGCUUCCCAGAUUUUGUAAAUGAAAAUGAAAUAGGUAAGGCUAAGUUCAUUGGGGAACUCCUGGUGCCAGUUGCACCUUUCGACCAGAAAUCCGGGCGAGAGACCUGGACUGUAGCCUUCGCACCUGAUGGAUCAUACUUUGCUUGGUCUCAAGGACAUCGCAUUGUGAAACUUGUACCCUGGAAAAAAUGCCUGAACAAUUUUGUGGUAGGUGUUGUGGAUGUCCCAGACACACCUGUUCCCCGGCGCAUGUCAAGGCAAAACAGCAGCGAGGGGUCGGCAGGGCGCAGCGAGCCCCGAGAGCACACCAUCGACUGCGGUGACAUUGUGUGGGGCCUGGCCUUUGGUUCCUCCGUGCCUGAGAAGCCAAGCCGUUGUGUCAACAUUGAGUGGCACCGCUUUAAGUUUGGCCAGGACCAGCUUUUGCUCGCCACGGGUCUUAACAAUGGUCGUAUUAAAAUCUGGGAUGUCUAUACUGGGAAGUUGCUGCUGAAUUUACUAGAUCACACAGACAUUGUUCGAGACCUGACUUUUGCCCCUGAUGGCAGCCUGGUGCUGGUGUCAGCUUCCAGGGACAAAACGCUGCGUGUAUGGGACCUGAAGGACGAUGGGAACAUGGUGAAGGUCCUUCGGGGACACCAGAGCUGGGUGUACUGCUGUGCCUUCUCCCCCGAUUCCUCUGUACUGUGUUCCGUGGGGGCCGGGAAAACGGUGUUUGUGUGGGACAUGGACAAGUACAACCUGAUCCGCAAGCUGGAGGGCCACCACAACGACAUUGUAUCCUGCGAGUUUUCCCCUGAUGGAGCCCUCCUUGCCACGGCCUCCUAUGACACCCGAGUCAUAGUGUGGGACCCACAUGUUGGCUGCGUGCUCCUGGAGCUUGGACACCUGUUCCCUCCCCCUUCACCCAUCUUUGCAGGGGGUGCGAACGACCGCUGGGUGCGCUCAGUGUCUUUCUGUCAUGAUGGCCUGCACAUUGCCAGUGUUGCUGACGACAGGCUGGUUCGCUUCUGGAAUAUCGAUGAGCGCUCGCCCCAGGCUGUUGCCUCGCUCAACAAUGGCCUCUGCUGCACUUUCUCCACUGAUGGUAGUGUGCUGGCUGCUGGGUCCCGUGAUGGCAGUGUGCACUUCUGGGCAUCGCCUCGCACCAUCGCCAGUCUGCAGCACCUAUGCCGUAUGGCCUUGCGCAGGGUAAUGUCCACCCCGCAGGUGCAGAAGCUUCCCAUCCCAUCACGCAUGGUGGACUACCUGUCAUACAGGAUCUUCUGAUUCAUCCCCCACGGCUGUAUGUUGCAAAGCCAAUAAAGGUUUUCCACAGAAGUCCCCCUUGAGGAUAAAGACAUCUCUAAAGACUCAAUUUGCUAUUCCAACAAAACAUGCUUUACAUGCAGGUUUGCUGCUGUUGUAUUUAUUUAUUUUUGUAAGGCUAAAACUUGUGUAUGUUUCAGAGAUGCCAUUUUGCUCCAGGUUACUUAUGAAGCAGGUUUGUCAGAAGGGGAAUAGCUGGGAGACAGCCACAAUGUGUUGCCAUGUCACCUUUUCUUCCAUGUUCAGAGCAGCUUCCUCUCCUCUUGGGUUUUACCCAAAAACACACCAGAUUUGGGGCGAGGACAGCAGAAAAAAUUGGUUGUGUCCCCAAAGCCGUCGCACUUUAAUAGUGCAUAUGUACAUUUUGCACAAACCCAAAAGAUACAAUACGCAGAAGAUAGAAUAAGCAUUAUGUGCUUCUGGUCAGUGACAGACAGGCUCCGGAGAGGUCAGAGGUGAUGGGCCAGGUGUGUGCAAGGCUGCCUCCCAUAUAGAGCACUCACAGCCUUUCAGAAUCAGGGGUCUUGGGUUCCCACCUAGAUGUGCCUCUGUAGAUUUACACGGCUCCAUCCAGCUCCAGUGCGUUGGGCUGACGGCAGGCCAGGACAACAAUUUAACAUCUGUUCUACUCACGAUAAAAAAAAAAAA